UAGGUUCUUGAUUUACAUAUAAAUAUUUUUCUCUCUUCUUAUUCUUUCUUUACACUUCUCUUGUAGUAGCUAGGGUUAUAGCCACUUAGGGUUUUACAGAACCAAAAACAAGAAUGGUGAGAGGAAAAACUCAGAUGAAGAGAAUAGAGAACGCGACGAGCCGACAAGUAACCUUUUCGAAGAGAAGAAAUGGACUGCUGAAAAAAGCUUUCGAGCUCUCAGUUCUUUGUGAUGCUGAAGUUGCACUUAUAAUCUUCUCUCCCAGAGGAAAGCUCUACGAGUUCUCCAGUUGCAGUACUAGUAAGACCAUAGAGAGGUAUCAGAAGAAAGCUAAGGAUCUAGGGAUAAGCAUCAAAACUGCUCAAGAUUGCAUGAACCAGGAAGAUUCUCUUAGCCUGGCAAAGAAGAUGGAGAUUCUUGAAGUUUCUAAAAGAAAACUGAUGGGAGAUGGAUUAGAACCGUGUUCUAUUGAUGAGCUACAACAACUAGAGAAUCAGCUGGAUAAAAGCUUAACAAAAAUCAGAACGAGAAAGAAUCAGCUGUUCAGAGAGCAGAUUGAGAAGCUAAGGGAAGAGGAGAGAAUUCUGAUGGACGAAAAUAAGAAGUUGCGAGAAAAGUAUGGGAUAAAAUCAACGGAAGAGACAAAGAAGCAAGAAAUAGCAGAGAGAUCAGAAAGCAUGGAGGUUGAAACUGGACUGUUCAUAGGUCCUCCCGAAUCAAGAAAACCUCAAAAACCUUAGCGGAACUAUUUCAUUUUAUUUUAAUUUUUCUACUCUCUUUUUUUUUCCUGGUCAAGAUAGUGGAUAAAAGGAGUUGAUCCUUAUACAAAUAAUGCGACCAAUAAGUAAAGCAAAUUAAUUUGCGUCGAUUAAGUGUACAAUUUCUUGAUAAUGUGUAUCAUAAUAAGCUAUAAACGUGUAGCAUUAUUUCUGUAA